AGUGUCAAUUAACACAGAAACUGGGACAUUAAAAGCUUUCAUUAUCUGCCCUAUUUGCAUGGAGGAAGAGGCACGUGACCCAACACUAACUGUGUAUAAAUCAAGAGAGAGAUGGAUCAUAGAAAACUACAGGAGGCAUAUUGUCUCAAAACACAGUAUAAAGACAACAAUUCAACCCAAGCAGACUCUGAAGCAUCAUUUUUCACCUGUGAGAUGUUUUUUAGAUGAGGAGACGUCCAACACUCAAGGAAGUCAAAAUACCCCUGCCUUUAACCGUGGUUCUGAAGAAGCAUGCUCUGGUUUAGAACACUUCGAUGCCACGCAAUCUGAUUCGUCAAAACCAGUUACAGAAACCAAUGCUCUCAAUACCUCGCAAUCUGUUGCUGCAAUGAGCGCUGUAUCUCCAGUCUCUUCUGUAGGUCUUGUGGCAGAUUACAGUCUAUCAGACUCGGAAGAAGAGAUAUCACCACCCAUUAAAAAGAAACGAGUGGAUUUUCUGGACGAUAGCUAUGAUUCAAUUGUAAAUGAACAGAAUGAGGAUGACCCAAAACCAGGACAAGAACAAAAUUUUCUCUAA